AAUCUCUUCAAAAAUUAUUCUCAACAAAGUGCAAUCAGCAUCAACAGUUUAAAAAGAGAAAAUCAAUAUUAUGUAAGAAAAAAAAACAUUUUAUUACUAGAAUCAACAAUAUCUGAUUUUUUUUGAAUGUGUGUUUACAAUGUUUUGCCUUUUAAAAGAAUAUCUGCAUCAUAUCAAAUAAAAUGAUGACGUUAUAUCUACCACGCCCUUAGCCACGCCCCUAGCCACGCCCCCACCACCACAGGUGCUCCUAACAAAAUAUGAUUGUGUGUUGUCUUCCGGUUCCUUCGUCGGCGUCCUGCGACUUUGUGUCUUAAUAAUUUUAUUCUACAGGUCCGUUCUUCUUCUCCUCGUCUCGCCCUUUUGCUGAAGGACGGUGGUCCAAAAUGAGACAGAAAAGGAGGCCGGCCGAGCCAUCUUUUACUCGUAGAGGUGCUUUGAUGAUGCUGAUGAUGUAACCCCUGAUGGCGGCGGUGGCUUUUGACACAGAAUGUCUGAAUGAUGUAAUGCCAGACCCCCCCCCCGCCCCCGCCCCCUGGCUUAUGUGACUUCUGCUGAGACUCCGCGGAUGCCAAAAGUGUUAAGAAAUGGCAACAAAUUCAAGAUGAGUUAUGAUGGUAAAAUUCCAUACAAGUCUGGCUCUGUGUACCAUGGACUGCGUCUAGUAAGAGGACUUAGCGAUGCAGUCAUCAAAGUUCACAAUGAAGAGUUUCACAUUCAUAAGAUCAUCUUGUGCAACUGCAGCCCGUACUUUAGAGCCCUCUUCCUACGAUGGUCCACCCCAGACCAGAGGGACUAUAUCAUACACGGGCUUACCCCUCACCUGAUGCAGCUCUUCAUUGAUUUUGCAUACACCGACUCAGUGUCGGUCACAGAGGACAAUGUAAAAGACUUGUUGAUAGCGGCUGAUAAAUUCAACAUGACGGCCAUUGUUCAAACCUGCUGCGCGUUUCUAACAGAGCAGCUCUGCCCUGAGAACUGCAUCGGCAUCUGGCAGUUCACAAAGAACUGCUACACCCCGGAGCUGCAGCUCAAGGCCUACCAAUUCAUCCUAUACCACUUUGAGGAAGUUGCAAACGCUGAUGAGUUGCGGCAACUCUCCAUUCAGGACUUGUGUGAAAUCCUUGACAGAGACGACCUGAUAGUGAAAAAGGAAAACACCGUUUUUGAGGCCAUCCUCCACUGGAUUGCACAAGCACCAAGGGAACGUGGCAGAAACCUGGCGGUACUCCUAGCCCGAGUGCGUCUGGCGCUGACGAGUGAGGAGUACAUCACCAUCAACGUGCUGUCCAAUCACCUGGUGCAGAACAGCAGCAAAUGCCUGGACAUGGUGGCUUUCGCUACACGCGUGCUUCGUCACAUGACAACAAACUCUGUUUUUGGAUAUUUCAACCUGGUGGCCCGUCCUCGCCUGCCUUCAGCCAUCCUACUGGCGAUCGGAGGCUGGAGCGGCGCCAAUCCAACCCAUUGCGUCGAGGCCUACGACGUGCACGCCAACAGUUGGAUCAGUUUUAUAGAAGACAUGGAACAACCUCGCGCCUACUGCGGCGCCGCCUUCCUCAAUGACUGCAUCUAUUGUCUGGGUGGCUUUGAUGGCACGGAACAUUACAACACCGUCAGCCGCUUCGACCUGACCUCACACAACUGGCAGGAAGUGGCGCCCAUGCACUAUCGCCGUUGCUACGUGAGCGUAACCGUGCUGAACGGGUGCAUCUAUGCAUUAGGAGGCUAUGAUGGACGAGUACGACUAAAGACUGCAGAAUACUACAGACCUGAAACCAACCAGUGGACUCUUAUUUCCAGCAUGCACGAACUCAGGAGCGACGCCAGCUGCACGGCCCUCAACGACAAGAUAUAUGUUUGUGGCGGUUUUAAUGGGAACGAACCCUUGCAAACUGCAGAGUCUUACAGCCCAGAGACCAACGAGUGGACAAUGAUAACGCCAAUGAGCAGCCGUCGCAGUGGCAUUGGAGUUAUUGGGUUUGCUGACCACAUUUAUGCAGUCGGAGGUUAUGAUGGUCAAACACGUCUGACUACCGCUGAGGCUUACAGCCCCCAGACUAACAACUGGUUUGUAUUGGCCCCCAUGGAUUGUCCCCGGAGCAACUUUGGCAUCGAAGUAGUUGAGGAUCGUCUCUUUGUCACCGGAGGGUUCGAUGGCAUCUCUACAACAAAGCUUGUUGAGUACUACGACCUGACAACUGGUAUUUGGUCCGCAGCCAGCGACAUGGGGAUCUCCCGUAGCGCCUUGACUUGCUGCGUGAUGACUGGGUUUUACAACAUGGCCCAAUACGCUAUGCUUCGGAAUGAUCUGCCAUUGCUCUUUUUGGAAGAUGAUAUCAUGGAUAUAGAGGAGGACAUCUAAGUUGUAGAGUAAUUAUUUGUGCUGUCGAAAAAGUGAACCUGAACCAGCUUUUCAACCAAUCGGGAAAACUCCAAUAAACUGUAAAAUAGAUCCAUUAUUAUAAAAGGAAAUGCUUAACAGGAAAAGCAGAGAAAAUAACUAAAUUGCCCACACUGGUUCAUACAUAUUUAUCUGUUUAGUGUGAUUCAGUAAGCCCACCAGAGGUCAAUAAAGACUUUUUAAUUCUGAA